GUUUGUUCAAAAGUUUGCUUCGUUCGUAUUGACUUUUUAAGUACGCAUUUGUUGUGUGGAAUCGGUGUGAAGGACGAGAAAUGAGCGAGAACUAAGAGCUUUCAUAGGUUUUUUCCAGGAUGUCUUACUUGACGGAUUAUGUCACUAUGGCUCGUAUUGCCGAACAGGCCGAGCGCUACGAAGAUAUGAAAAAGUAUAUCAAGCUUGUAGCGACCACCAUUCCUGAGGGACAAAGUAGAGUUAGCUUAUCCUUGGAAGAGAGAAAUUUAUUCUCGCUUGCCUAUAAGGAUCUUAUUAGUUCCAAGCGAAAUGCUUGGAGAGUUUUGUUUAGUAUUCAGCAGAAAAGCUCUGGGAACGAUUCCAUCGACUCUUCCAUUGCGGAUCUCAAAGGAAAAAUCGAAAAGGAGAUAGAACAGCUAUGCCAGGAAGUUCAGACCGUUAUUUCCGAACACCUCUUACGAGGAUUAUGCGUGGAUUCUUCCAGCGUGGAUGACUUUAUUUACUAUAUGAAAAUGAAAGGAGACUACUAUCGAUAUGAGGCCGAGUUUAUGGUGGGAGAUGCGCAGCUGGUCGCAAUUGAAAAGUCUCGAAAAUGUUACCGAGAAGCCCUGAAGGAGGCGGAGAAUCUCCAGGUGAGUGACGUGAAUCCAACCCUCUUGGGUCUCUACCUGAACUACUCCGUGUUUUUAUACGAAAUUACUCGCCAAAGCGAGGAAGCCCGUGCCAUGGCAACGAAGGCGUUCGAGAAUGCUAUGAAGAUGCUCGAAAAUCUUCCAGAGAAGGACUACCAAGAUAGUGUAUCUAUUUUGCAGCUGAUUCGUGAUAAUCUCAGACUAUGGGAGUCAGAAACCGAUCAUUAGACUUUUCUGUCGUUCGAUUAUCUGUGCUUAAUGCUCGGUAUUUGAUAUUUGGCGUUUGGAUUUC